GAUCAAGUUGGCCGUCCUUUAGACGUCAUGAGAACGGUGAACUUGCUGGACGACUAACCAGUAGGACAGUCAAGUCAACUUGCAGGACGGCCAAAUUGGUCCUCUUCUAACAAACUCUUCUAAAAGUGAGGUUAGGAUAGAAACAAAUAUAAACUAAUUUUCAUCAGUAAUAAUAGGCAAUUUUAUCAUUGCAUCUGUAAAAAUUAAAUUUGGCCACACAAUAAUUUCAUUUUGUGAUUGAUUUACAAUUAUUAAAUCAAUAUGACAUUAAACUUGAUGAGGUUAUGGAUGUCAGUUACCAGUUCUAGAGGUAUUAGCAGUGCUUCAGCGGCCAUCACUAAGAUCCACAGACGUAGAUUUCUGCGCCAAUAUCCUACCGCUCUUAUCAACCCGGAUGGGUCUUCAAUUGAGAUUCGCUAUCACGAGCCCAGGGCCAUCAUUAAGAUGCCACUGGACUUGUCAAAGUUAUCAGAAGCGGAAGUGAAAGUGAUACUUGAGCGAAGAAAGCCAAGGACCAAAGUUGUCAUUGAAGAAGAAGAUAAAGACAGUUUCACACCCAACAAAUACAUCAACUUGUUGCAAAAGAAAAAGAAGAAAUAGUCCAAUAGAAAUAGAAAAAUAUGUCUAAUAAGUAUAGGUAGUUUUAUAGUUCUUUGUUGGUAUUAAAUUGUUUAUUCAUA